ACCAACCAACGUUUGCGUCGUUCGCUUGAUGACAGUUGCCUGUUUUUAUAGAUAGAUGUAAAUUCUAUCUCUAUCUUUUCAACCACCACCAUACCCAAUCCAGGAAAAGUUGUUGCCUGUGAAGGAUGCCUUCAGCUGCGAAUGCAAAAUCUGAAAAACCAGCCUCUUCGGAGGCUAUGGAUAAUUCUCCUGUACGACAAAUCAUGACGGUUAUUGAACACAAAAUCCGCAAUUUGGAGAAAAGAAAGAGUAAGUUGACGUCUUAUCGUGAUUUGCAAAAAGCUGGAAAAGAGCUGAAUUCAGAUCAGAGAGUAGCUGUUGCAAAAUAUGAUGAGGUCGCCCAAACACUGGAAUUUGCAAGAGACUUGUCUAACCAAAUCAAGUUGAUUGCCACUGCUGCUGAAAGAGAAGCAAAGAAGCAAGCAAAGAAGGAUGCAUGGGUGCGAUCAGCAGCAGAAACCAACAAGAUCCGGGAAGUACUUCUCAUCCUUGAUUGUCUGACACAAAUGGGCAGUAAUGAAGCCCGAGAUGACUUUCUUAAUGGCACAAAUGGUGCUGCUAAACUAACUGAAGAUGACUUAAGGAUUUUAGAUGACUUAUAUCCUGAAGUUACCCCUAAACAUGAAGUUAAUGAAGAGGGUCAACCAGGAUUUUAUGGUCACGUCAAUAAGGCUGCUGAACAUCUAUACUCAGUCAUUGAUGGUAAGCCCAAGGAAGUAUUGGGAACAACUUACACCCGAAUCAAGGAAAUUGUGACUACUAUUCAUGGAUGUGGAUACUUUGACAAAACAGUUGAAGUAGUCACUGUCGAGAAUGAGGAGAACUGUGUGCCUGUAGCGGAGGAGCACCAGGAGGUAGCAAUAAAGGAAGCUGAAGGAGAGCCGGUUCCCGUGUACCCGGUGACGGCGCCGCUGCCCGUGCCGCCCGCCCCCGGCGUGGUGCCCGCGCCCGCCUACCCGCUGCGCCCGCUUCCGCCCAUCACGCUGCAGGAGGUUGAGCACGCGUACUUCGCGCAGCAGUACCCGCAACAGAGACCCAUCGCCGAAGUCAUAGGUUCGCAGAACUUUUUCUUUCUGCAAGAGUCUGAAAUCGACAGUCCAGUGGGCACGCCGCAGCCGCCGCCGAUCGCGAGCCAGUCAUCGCCGCCGGCAUCCAUCCCCACGCAGACGUUCACUAAUCAACACUACGUGCUGCCGGGCCAGCGUGUGCCGGACGUGGCCACCAUACCGCUGCCGCCGCAGCCGCACUUCCCGCCGCACCCCGAGAUGCCAGGCUACGCCCCGGCCGCCGUACCGCUGCCCGCGCCGCUGCCGCCGCAUGUGCCGCACGUAGCGCUAGCGCCGCCGCCGCCUCCCGCGGCCGAGCGCCCGCCCACGCCGCCCGAGGAGCGUCCCGAGGACGAGUGGAAGGAGAGCCGCAGCCCCGAGCGCGAGGAUGGGUCCGAGCGUAAGGCGCAGGGCCAGGGUGACGGCCAGAACCGUUUCCGGCGCUACGGCCGCGGCGGCCGCGGGGCGCCCAACGGACACCGCGGCCGCGGCGCCUUUCCCGCGCGCCAGGGCGGCGACGGCUACCGGUCUCGCCACCAGGACUACCAGAGCAGGUCCAACAAGGACGGCUAUCAGAACAGACAGUACGACGGCUACCAAAACAGACAUGGAAAGGACAGCUAUCACAACCGGGGCGGCGACGAGAGCUACUACGGGAACGGGGAUACGCACGACUCGCCCCAACAGAACGAGAACGGCGGUCGCGACAGAUACAACGACAACGCGCAGAGCUACCAGGGUGGCUUCAAGAGCCGUGGCCGGGGAGGCCCGCGCGGCGGCGCCCGCGGCGCCUCCAGGCCUCCUCGCCCGCAGCAGUACAAUCGCAAACAAGAAAAUGUCGAAUAGUAGACGGGGUACUAGUUCGAUGUUCCGCCUCAUCCCGAGCGGUCUCGACGCAUUAAUAUUACUCUAUAAUGGACAAAAUCAUUCGUGAAGGCAGAUUUCACCGGCAACAACGCGCAGUGGUAACAACAAACAGAGAUUACGGUAUAUAAAAUAAUAAUAAAAAAUAAUAAAAAAAAAGUAAAAUAUUGAAACUGAAAUAAAAAAUAAGUUACUUGAAUUUAGAUGUAUGAUAUAAAUAAUUAUGCAAUUAUUAUAAGUUACGUAAUUCUAGAUUCUUGUAUAAGUUAUGGUCACGCGAGUGGCUAAAGUGACGCGGCGUGAGCGGGUGCCAGCCGCAACCUCGUGCGUGCCUCGUCCUAGUGAUACUGCAAGUACAGGAGAUGUGCACACAACUGACGAAACACUAACGGGACCUUCUUAAUCUCAUUCAUCUUUGUACUUUUUAAUACAGUUGAUUUGAAUAGCAAUUAUAUAUGUUAAGAUAUGGAUACAUGUUUGUUUUCCUUCGACUGGUGUUUAUUUAUAUAACAGUAUUGGUCAUAUUUAUUUUAUUGCUGAUAGAAUAUGGCUUACAAGAAUUUUGUAUGGAACUUGGCAUUGAGGUCUGUCCUUCACAUAAUUUUUGUCAUAAAAGUUAAUAAAACAUAGUGCUUACUAUCCAAAUGUAAUAAAAAAAAUAUCGAAAAUGUAUGUGCCAUCAAUAUGGCUUAAAAGCGUGUAUUUAUUAUUAUUAUUCUUAUUGUCAAGGCUUGUAAAUACCUUUAUUUGUUCUGAAAGUAUUCCUUUAUUAUAAUUUUACCAAGGGACUGCUUUAUUGUUUUUGUAAAGCACCUGAUAUAACAAUAAAAUAUCAAAUAAAUAAUUAUGUAGCUAUUAUUAUUAUUAUCCACUAUGUAGUAGAUUGCUUGAGCUGACACUUACAGAACACUUGUAGUCUAUCGGAUAGCACAGAACAUUUGUAGUCUAUCGGAUAGCUCAGUCUCCCCAAUUCCAGACAAACUAAAUCUUUACGCCCGAACGCAAACCUAUCUCCGCAUGUAUAUAUUUGUAUAUGUUUUGGACAGUUCACAAUGCCAAAAUAUAAACUUCAGUACUUUUUUGAAGAUUUUAUUUUAUUGUACCCUUGACCAAAUGGUACAUAGAUUUAACAUUUUCAUGUCUUAAAUCUGCUGGUUUAUGUCAGUGAUCAUUCAAAAUUAUAUUUGUUAUUGUUAUUUGAUCAGGCUUCCUCUUUUCAUAUAAAUUGUUCUCAAUAGAGGCUGUGUGCAAGCAAAUUAAAAGUAUUAUUUGAAGAGAA